AUGGGUUCGAUGCAAUGGACCGAUGAAGAGGCCAACUAUCUAAAGGCUAUCUUCACAUGGCAGGAGAUACAUGGCGAUGAUAGGAUUUCAGAUCGAACAAGCAGGCUGAGCCAGUUCGAGGCACAGAAUCGGCGCUCAACAAAUGUGAAGAGUGAGGGGAAGACGGAGAGUGAUUUUCGUGUGCUUAUUGUUGGUACUAAAGGCUGCGGGAAAACAAGUGUUCUCACUAGGUUUGCUCUCGAUGCCUUCGAAGUCGGUCCCGGUUCCCCACAAGGAAAACUCGAAGGCGGUUGCCGACAGUCGAUCCAGAUCGAUGGUCUCAACUACAACGUGGACGUACUCGAGCUACCAUCAAAACAUCUCACCACCAACCUGAUGCUGGAACAAGCACUGGCGAUUACCGAGGGCGCUGUGCUGCUGUACGACAUAACCGACCAAGCCUCACUCGAGCUUGCUAUUCGCGUCCAGAGGUUUAUGAGUGGCUCGUUUCGGAGCAGCAACUCAAAUAACCAUGGUAUUAGUCGGCAAUAUGGCCUGCUCCUCGUCGGAAACAAGAGCGAUGUCGAUGACGAGGAACGCGUAGUGGCUUGGGCUGAGGGCUCCAAGACUGCCUCUACGUUCGAUACGGGCUGCCCCUUUCUGGAGAUAAGCGCAAGGACUGGUGACAAGUACGUAUAACUGUUGAUCUUUACUUGAGAUGGGCUCUUUGCCGUUGCCCAUACAGUCCUUGGUCCCAACCCGAGUUCAAUUCUUCACUGGGUUACUGACCUUGGAUAUGUACCAUAGUGUCAAAGAAAUAUUUCCUGUCGUUUGUCGAGAAAUACUCAAACUCAGGCAGCAGAGCAGGAAACGCCAAGAGGAGGCUGAGAUGUCUGCGCUCCUCAGG